AUGCUUUCGACCCUCCGACGAGUUCCUGCUCGGCCAGUACUGACAGCAAGUGUCAGAAGUUUUGCGGCCGCCAAGGACAUUCGCCAUGGAAGUGAAGCACGCGCUCUGAUGCUUGAAGGCUGCAAUCGCCUGGCCGAUGCUGUUGCUGUGACCAUGGGGCCAAAGGGCAGAAACGUGGUGAUCGAGCAGUCCUUUGGCGCACCAAAGGUAACGAAGGAUGGUGUCACCGUGGCCAAGUCGAUUGACUUGAAAUCCAGCCCAAUGAUCAAUGUGGGCGCACAGCUGGUGAAGACUGUCGCCAGCAAGACGAACGACGUAGCUGGCGAUGGCACAACAACUGCAACGGUUCUGGCACGCGCCAUCUUCAGAGAAGGCUGCAAGGCAGUAGCAGCCGGAAUGAAUCCGAUGGACAUCAAGCGCGGCAUGGACCAUGCGGCCAAGAUUGUCCUGGAGGAUCUUGCCAGCCAAGCCACUAUGAUCGAAACACCUGACAAAAUCAAGAGCGUUGCAACCAUUGCGGCUAACGGCGACGAGCACAUCGGCAAGAUGAUCACCGAAGCCUUCGAGAAGGUUGGCAAGGACGGUACCAUCACAGUGUCUGAUGGCAAGACCAUGGACCACGAGCUGGAGGUGGUGGAAGGCAUGCAGCUGGAUCGCGGGUACAUCUCGCCGUACUUCAUCACGAACGUGAAGGCGCAGAAGGUGGAAUUGGAGAAUCCGCUCAUCUUGAUCUUCGACAAGAAGAUUUCCUCAGUCCAGGCCAUCUUGCCGGUUUUGGAGCAGGUCGCGAAGGUGCAGAAACCUCUCCUGAUCAUCGCGGAGGAUGUAGAUGGCGAGGCCUUGUCGAUGCUCAUUGUGAACAAGCUGCGGGGCGGCCUCAAGGUGGCUGCCGUGAAGGCGCCUGGCUUCGGUGACAACCGGAAGGCGAUCCUGCAGGAUCUCUGCGUUCUGACCGGUGCCGAGCUCAUCACCGAGGAGCUUGGGGGCAAGCUUGAGGAAGCUCAGCUCUCACAGCUGGGCACCGCCAAAACCAUCACCAUUGACAAGGACAGCACCGUCCUGCUGGAUGGAGCGGGAGAGAAAGCGAGGAUUGAGGAGAGGUGUGAGGCCAUCCGGGACACUAUCGAAGCAUCCGCGUCUGAGUACGAGAAGGAUAAGAUGAAGGAGCGAUUGGCAAAGCUGGGUGGAGGUGUCGCGGUCAUCAAGGUGGGUGGUUCCAGCGAGGUCGAAGUCAAUGAAGUCAAGGACCGCCUGAACGAUGCCUUGAAUGCCACGAAAGCUGCCCUGGAGGGCGGCAUCGUGCCCGGUGGAGGCACUGCCCUUCUCUAUGCCACCAUGAAGCUGGAGGGUGUGAAGCUGGAGAGCUUGGACCAGCAAGUGGGAGUGGAUGCCAUCAAGGCCGCCCUGAAGCAGCCCUGCAUCCAGAUUGCUCAGAAUGCUGGAGAGGAAGGUGCCGUCGUUGUGCAGACCCUCUCCAAGGACAAGAACCUGUCCAAGGGCUUCAAUGCUCAGACCGGACAGUUUGUUGACAUGAUCGAGGCCGGCAUCAUUGACCCCACCAAAGUUGUGCGAACAGCUCUUGCCGACGCGGUUUCAGUCGCGUCGCUGAUGACCACGACCGAGGCAAUCAUUGCGGAAGAAGUGGAAGAGAAGGCAGCUGGUGAGCGCCCGCUCUCUCCAUACCAGCAGGCUGGGCUGAGACAAGAUGGCCUGGGUGGCUUCUGA